GCUAUUUCCGUCCUUCAUUUUUCCGUACGUCAACAAAAUAAGGCAAACCCAGUGCCGGACAGUUUAACAAACAUAUAUGUUUUUAAUCGACAGGUGCUUGUUUGACGUUUUUAAUUCGUGGACACGAUGUCUUCCCCUUCACAUUUUAGUGUACAAAUGUCGGCAAUAAUGGAUGUUCUGUCAAAGGCAGCAGUAGCCGAAAUUACCAAGCUGGUCGAGGACGAGUCCGUCGUACUACGACUUGAAAUUAGUCAGAGAGACGGUGAAAUACUAGAACUCAAAAGAAGUUUGAGACAGAUGGAAGUGGAUCUUUUUGAAGCGCAAGAAUCCAUCGCUAAAGCAGAAGCCUCGAGAUGUCCAGAAGAGAUCAAUGCGUUUGGAGCGUACGGGCUUCAAGGUAGAGAUAAAGUUGAACAUGAUUUUAGUAUACCCCUCGGCGCCGAGCAGAACCACAUCCAUGAGCAGAUGGACCCGAGAGUGAAGAUCAAGUCUGAGCCGCUGGACGAAAGGGAUCAGCCUCCACUAAUGAAUCCAGUCAAUACAGAGCUAGCAGAGAUCGAUAAGUUGGCCUUUGACCCUGAAGAGGACAUGGUCUCUCCCUGGCCAUCCAGUACUGUCUUUGAGGACGUGGCUGUCGAACAAACCCAUCCAACAGAUCCCGCUCAACAUGGAACAACGACCCACUGGAAUUCGGCCGGAGCACCCAAGCUUUGCGGCGCGUCACUGAUGAAGGAAGCGCCCCAGGUACCACCAAUGUGCACAGGAAGUACAAUUUUGCCGACUAACACCUCAACAGAAUUCCCCUAUUUGUCCGGUGAGGGCGAGGGCGAGGGCGAAGCCAUGCAAUGCCGGCGUCUCAUACAGGCGGGACUACUACCAACAGACCUGCAAAGGUGGAAUUCCGUCGGCAACUUUUUCGGGGACAACACCCCCAGUAGAAAACCCUCCAUGGCGGGGAGGAUGGCGAGAGGUUGGCGAGCCAAUCAAAAGCUUCCACAGUCCAGCCACAGUCACUUCCUCCACAGGACUCAAAAGCCCUACAAGUGUCAGGAGUGCGGCAAGUCGUUCACGCAGAGGACCCGGUUGAACUCGCAUCAGAGCGUCCACACGGGGGAGAGGCCCUUCAGCUGUCAGAUCUGUGGCAAGCUGUUCUCCCGUCAGGACAACUGCGUCCGCCACGAGCGCUUCCACAGCGGGAUCAAGCCCUACAGGUGUGAAACGUGCGGGAAAUGCUUCACGGCCCUGAGUAACGUCAAAAUACACCAGGAGAUCCACAGACGAGGGCAAUAACAUGCCGGGAUCGAACCCGGGUCGCUGCGAUCAGGACUGAGGCUUUAUGGUAUGCGCGCCCCCCCCCCCCCCCCCCCCCGGUGAGCCACCUGGGGGGCGCCCCACUGUGUGGAACUCGACCCUUCCCGAUAGCUGGCCCCACCGAGAAGCGUCCGACUAUUACCUCGAUAAACUCGGGGAACCAGUCACUUAAGGGCUGAUUAUGGUCCCUCGUUCACGCGACGCAAAGGACCACGCAGACGCUUCGUGAACCUGUUUAUGGUUCUGUGUCGGGUUUUAGUGAGCGGACCAAUCACAGGCCUCGCUGCUGCGUCCCCUCAAAGGAAGGUUACGAUUUUUUGGGGGCGCACAUCCGGCCCUUGCGGUGGACACAAGGAGGGUCCGCAAGGACGUAAGGGGUCCGUCACCCCCUUGCGUUGCGUGAACGUGGAACCAUAAAGAGCCCUUUAUGGGUCUGUAUUUGUGUUGAGUGAUCGUGGAACCAUAAUCAGCCCUUUACUCUGCGUUUGUGCUAUUUGUUUAUUUAUUUAUUUGUUCUUACUGUAAUUUGCUCCUGUGUUUUAAAAGUCAUUCACAUGACCAAUAUUUGUAACAUUUAAUUAGUUUAAGGGUUAGGUAUUACACAUAAUGAACAAUGCAACAAGCAUGUCCUUAAAGGUUGCGUCAGCGAUUCUAGGCCAAAACAUAAAUGAUCACAUUCAUCUGAUCUUUCCUCACGAUCCACUAGCUUCCCGCCCAAUAAGCAGGCAGUAAAA